AUGCUGAUUCUUAAUGCCCUAUUGGAUAUUAGCCCCUUUAAAGGUAGUGAUCCGAAAAGUGCCCCGACUUUAAUUGGUGAAGUCAAGCAGACAACUAGAGCCAAAAGAAUUUUUUCCGAACUUAUGAAGUUGAAAUCAGAUAUUGACACGAAGAGGAGCAUUUUUAAGACGUCAAACAAGGAAGUUACUGCGCCUAAUUAUAAGGGAGAGAAUCGCUAUUUAGGUAUAAAGGGUCUCUUGAAUUCUAUGGCACAGAAAUUUGAACGUCUGAACGAACAUUUGACGUCUGAUACCGCUGACGAUUCAAAUGAAUUAAAGAAGAAGCUGGUACAAUUUGAUUUUGGCGACAACGAUGAUAUACUGGAUAAUUUGCGUUUGAACGAUGUGAAGGAAUUUCAGAAAUUAUUUUACAACAUUAAUUCUCCUAUUUUCAAUUUGCGUAAGCUUUUCCGUGACUAUGAGGAUUAUCAAUCGGAUGCUAAUGUGCAACCCAAAACGCAUCCUUUUGCCGUUUUCAUCACUGAAAGUGCAGACGGCGAAGAGUUAAAACCGCUUGACAAGGCGAAUGGCAACAUUACUUUUCUAUCUCAUCCUGGAGAUUCGCAAUCAAUAUCAAUUGUAUAUAACGACAAUGGCAACACUAGUGAAAGGCAAUCGUCUGCUUCUACUAUAGAUAGUCAUGAUGCAGCUGGGAAAGACAAGGUCAUUGAAAAUUCUAAUGAUGGACGUGAUUCCCCAACUGAAAUGGGAGUAGGCGGAUCUUCCGAAAAAGUAAUUACCGAACCAUCGGAAUCAGCAUCUCGCGAAGAUGAAUCUCUGGAUAAUGUUAGGGAAACUAAGGAGCAACAAAUUUCGACCGGUGAGGUCAGCGGCGAGGAUAACCGAGUGUCGGUUGUGCAAGCUCAUGGAGGUGGUGAUGCCAUAAGGUCACCUGAUCUACCGGUUGCAGAUCCUACUCUAGCUCGGCCGUCAUCUGCUUCUGAGGCUUUAGCACCUUCAUCUCGAGUUCAGCCUUCUAAUUCUCAGGAGAUGCCACCUACUCCAUCCGGCUCCUUGAGGACUGGAUCGGCUGAGAAGUCGUUGCAGAAGGCUUCUUCUGCCUUUGAUUCGUUUGUAACGAUGCUUCUUGUUGUCAGCGCGGCAUUUGCGCUCUGA